AUGUCUAAAGCAAACGCUGUCAGUAUCGAUCUUGGAACAACUUAUUCGUGCGUCGGUGUAUUCCAGCAUGGAAAAGUUGAAAUCAUUGCUAACGAUCAAGGAAAUCGCACGACUCCAUUUUAUGUGGCCUUCACGUACACCGAACGUCUGAUUGGCGGCGCUGCUAAAAAUCAAGUGGCAAUGAAUCCGUCGAACACUGUUUUUGACGCCAACCGCUUGAUUGGACGCAAGUUUGACGAUCCAGCCGUUCAAUCCGACAUGAAGCAUUGGCCGUUCAAGGUUAUUCAACGAGAAGGUGCUCGUCCAAAAAUCCAAGUGGAGGUUAAAGGAGAAAUGAAGACGUUCUUCCCUGAGGAAACAGCCGAAGCAUUUUUGGGACAAACCGUGAAAGAUGCUGUCAUCACUGUGCCUGCAUACUUCAACGACAGUCAACGCCAAGCCACAAAGGAUGCUGGAACGAUUUCUGGACUUAAUGUUUUGCGUAUCAUCAACGAGCCAACUGCUGCGGCCAUUGCUUAUGGUUUGGAUAAGAAGGGGAGCGAAAUGUUCUGA